AUGGAAGCACUGUGGAAUUUGGAGGACAAAUGGAAGCUGACGACCCAAGAAGCAGUCCUCUUAUUUGUAUGCUCUGCCUUCGCAGUCAUUGCGCUCUGCACUGCAACAAUGCUUAAGAGGAAGGCCCAGAGAAAGCCAAAAUUAGUGAACCAAGGCCCAAUUAGCGCAGGUACCUCAAUAAGAUGGUCUGAGCCUGAGCCUGGUUCUAAUGAUUGGAUCACAAUAAAGACGGUGUUGAUGGAGUCAAUGAGGUGGAGUGAAGCAAGCAAAUGGGAGGAGGGAGGUAGUGGGAGUGAGAGUGGGAGUGGGAGGCGGGGAGAGAUGCCACGACCACCAACACUUCUCGGGCUAGAAAGGUGCGACUCAAGUAUUGGGUGGCAAAGCCAGAACUCUUUGUCACCUGCAGUGUGGCAAAGGCCUAUCCUCAUGGGAGAGAAAUGUGAGCUUCCAAGGCAUAGCGGGCUUAUUCUCUAUGAUGAAAGAGGUCGGCUACUUGAUCAUUCUCUCACAUCAUCUCGUAAAGAAAAUAUUCAUGAGAUAGAGAAAGGGAGCAUCUCUCUUUACCAAAUUUGA